CGAGAGAAAGGGGAAAUGGGGCUGGGGGCCGUUCCCGGGAGGCAAGCGGCCUUCCGAGAGGGGCUGGAGCAGGCGGUGCUGUACGCCAAGGCUCUGGGCUGUCCCAGGAUUCACCUGAUGGCUGGCCGAGUGCCCCAGGGUGCUGACCGAGCAGCAGUCAGGAGUGAAAUGGAGACAGUUUUUCUGGAGAACCUGAGGCACGCGGCUGGGGUUUUGGCUCAGGAGAGCCUCGUGGGACUGCUGGAGCCCAUCAAUACCCGCAGCACUGACCCUCAGUACUUCCUGGACACGCCCCAGCAGGCGGCAGCCAUCUUACAGAAGGUCGGAAGACCCAACCUCCAGUUACAGAUGGACAUAUUCCACUGGCAGAUCAUGGAUGGCAACCUGACAGGAAACAUCCGGGAGUUCCUACCCCUUGUUGGGCACGUGCAGGUGGCACAGGUCCCGGGCCGGGGGGAACCUGACAGCCCUGGAGAGCUGAACUUCCCCUAUCUAUUCCAGCUGCUGGAGGAUGAAGGCUACAAGGGCUUUGUGGGCUGCGAGUACCAGCCUCAAGGAGACACAGCAGAGGGCCUGAACUGGCUUCGUUCCUACUGGGAUAGGCGGGGCCGCCCACAGGCUGGCCAGUGAGGUCCUGCCCGGCACCCACCUGCCUCUGUGGGACAGUGCACCAAGCAUCCCAAAUCUCCUGAAUUAAAAGACCACCUGCUGAAC